AUGUCGAACGCGGAGGAACUCCUGAGAGAUUUCGAGUCGGACGAUGAGGAUUUCCAGGCCGGGGAGGAGAUCGAAGAGGAUGUUGAUGAGGAGGCGCUACAGCAGCCCGCACCCGAGAUCACCAACGAGUUUGAUGUCGCUGUGUCGACCACCGACGAACUGACGCGCCUUCACAAAAGUCUACGAGACCACUACUCCAUCAGAUUUCCCGAGCUCGAGACUCUCGUCACGAAUCCGAUCGACUACGCCAAAACCGUCGCCAUCUUGAAAAAUGGCCCCCUCAACGACAUCAAGGCCCUCUCGACCUCGGCCGACAACAUGGUCGGCGCGCCGCUGCGGUCCAUCCUCGACGGGCCAUCGCUCAUGGUGGUCGCUGUGGAGGGUACGACGACCCGGGGCCGGGAGAUGACCGAGUCCGAACUCCAGGCUGUGCUGGAUACCUGCGAGAGGAUUCUGAAGCUGGACCGCGAGCGCACCGCGCUUACCCAGAGCAUCCAGUCCCGGAUGAGCCAGAUUGCGCCGAAUCUUGCCGCGCUGAUCGGCCCAGAGACGGCGGCCCAGUUCCUCAACCAGACCGGUGGGUUGCGUGAGUUGGCCAAAAUUCCGGCGUGCAAUCUGGCUGCUCAGGGCUCGAAGCGCACGGAAGGACUGGGGUUUGCUACGAACAUUGGGAUUCGGUCGCAGGGUUUCCUGUACCACUCCCCUAUCAUCGAGGAUAUUCCAAACGAUCUCAAAAAACAAGCUAUGCGUAUCGUCUCGGCCAAGAUGGUUCUCGCCACGCGGGCGGACGUGUCUCAAUACAGCCCGGAUGGCUCCCUGGGUGAGGAGCUGAAACAGCAGUGCUACCAACGGCUAGAGAAAUUGACAGAGCCUGCCCCGAAUUCCGGUGUGAAGGCGCUCCCGGCGCCCGACGACAAACCGUCCCGUAAGCGAGGUGGACGCCGGGCUCGCAAGGCCAAGGAAGCUGUUGCCAUGACCGAGCUACGGAAGGCGCAGAACCGCCUUGCGUUUGGCAAGGAGGAGGCAGAGGUUGGGUACGGCACCGGCGAAGGCACCGUGGGGCUGGGCAUGCUGGGCCAGCAGAACGAUGGCCGGAUCCGCGCGACGCAGAUCGACCAGCGCACCCGGGCCAAGCUCAGCAAGUCGAACAAGGGCUGGGGCGCGGCGACUCCCGUCGGCGGGACCGCAUCCUCUCUGCGCGGGUUUGGGUCCGGCGCUGGGGGAACCGCGAGUGUUCUCCAAGCCAAGGGUCUCCGAACGUCUGGCGUGGGCACUUCCUUGGCUGGUACUGCAGGCACAGCCAGUACAAUCGCGUUUACGCCCGUCCAGGGUCUCGAGCUCGUCGAUCCCAAGGUCCAGGCCGAGCUGCAGCGCAAGCGCAAGGCCGAGGAGGACCGAUGGUUCAAGUCGGGUACAUUUACCCAGGUGGGCGGUCAGAGCAAUAGUACCAAGACCGGCGAGAACGGCGGGUUCAAAGUACCGCCAUUGCCCGCAAGGAAGAAGGUAGAUACUGGCGAGGGCAAGAUGGCACCGCCCCCGCCGCCUGUGAAGCCAUAA